AAGGAGCUGUGACGUUAUAAUCAGCAGUCAUGUAACAUUUAUUAAACCCCUCUCUGACCCCCGCAUGUCUUUGUCUGUAAAUCUCACCUGCUUCUUCGCAACACGCCAUAACUUCGUAUCUCAUCUCAUCACUCAUCAUGCAGAAAGCCCUCGUGAUCACUGCGCCCGGUAGUCGCGACGUAGUGGAACGUCCUAUCCCUACUGUGCCCGACGACUGCCUUCUUGUUAAAACAGCCAGUGUUGCUCUGAACCCUACCGACUGGAAAAGCGCCGACCGGAAACCUCCAGGACAAAUCAUUGGAAAUGAUUAUUCCGGUGUCGUCGAAGAGGUCGGCAAGGGCGUCAAGAAAGCCUUCCGCAAGGGCGACCGUGUUUGCGGUUGGGUCCAAGGAUGCAAUUCCAACAACCCGGAGAGUGGCGCCUUUGCCGAAUACUGUAUCCCGAAAGCUGAUCUUCAGAUCGCCAUCCCCGACCGGCUCAGCUUUGAAGAAGCUUCAACCCUCGGCUUGGGGACAAUCACGGUGGGCCAGGGCUUGUAUCAGAGUCUGAAGCUCGCACCACCAGACGCCCCACUAGCACAGCCUGAGCUGAUUCUCAUCUACGGUGGCUCCACGGCUACCGGUACCCUGGCCAUUCAGUAUGCCAAAUUGUCUGGGUACACUGUGUUAACGACAUGUUCCGCCCAGAACUUUGAUCUUGUAAAGAGCCUGGGUGCAGAUGCAGUGUUCGACUAUAAAGAUGCGAAUGCAGUCCAAGCCAUCAAGGAUUACGCACAGGACAAUCUGAAGCUGGUAUUCGACACUGUUGCUGUUGAGUCUAGCGCUAAAUUCUGUGGCGAAGUGAUCUCUAGCAAGGGCGGCGAUUAUUCUGCCUUGCUGAAGGUGAACGUUCCCCGUGAUGACGUCCGCAGUCUUUUCACCAUAGGAUACACUGCUUUUGGCGAGGAUUUUGAUUUUGGUGGUAGCAUCAUUCCGGCCAAGCCGGAGGAUCGAGAGUUUGCGGGACAAUUCAUGAGCAAGGCAGCUACUUUCCUUGCAAAAGGAAAGGUCAAGCCUCACCCUGUCAAGCUGGGGCCACGGGGGCUUCAGGGAGUACUGGAGGGUCUGCAGGAUAUGAAGGAUGGCAGGGUCAGUGGACAGAAGUUGGUGUACAACGUGGCCGACACACCAUGAAUCCAUGAGUCCGGGUGUUACUGAGAAGACUGUGGUCAAAUGUGGAGAGAAUCUUGUACCUGAACCGCAGAGGAGCUUUUUAACAGCAUUUUGUGAGAUUAUGCGUCCAGCAUGACCGUUUUGACAAUGGAGCAUAAUGAAAUGACAUUGAUUCUUGA